AUGUCGAGCUCGGUUGCAACAGUUCUGCCUCAGGGCGCCGGCUACGGUGUCGUGGUUGGCAUCGGUUUCUUUUUCGCCUUACUCAUGGCUGGAAUCGCCUACAUGCAGAAUCGCUACACCAAAUAUUCGACCAAGAUGAGUGAAGAGUUCAACACGGCUAGUCGAAGUGUCAAGCCCGGUCUUAUUGCCUGCGGUGUCGUCUCCGCCUGGACAUGGGCAGCUACUCUGCUACAAUCGGGCAGUGUCACUUAUGAAUACGGCGUGGCAGGGCCGUUUUGGUAUGCUGCUGGAGCAACAGUCCAGAUCUUCAUGUUCUCGGUGUUGGCAUGCAAGGUCAAACAGAAUGCUCCAAGGUGCCACACGUUUCUCGAAAUCAUCUACUAUCGAUACGGCGCGGUCACGCAUAUGGUCUUCAUCUUCUUUGCCCUGAUGACCAAUAUCCUUGUUGCGUCCCAGCUCCUACUGGGUGGUAGCGCUGUCGUCACAGCUCUAACGGGAAUGAAUGUGUACGCCGCGGUGUUCCUGAUUCCCAUGGGUGUUUGCGUCUACGUGGUUCUGGGUGGACUUCGUGCAACAUUCCUCUGCGACUACACUCAUACAGUGAUUGUCAUGAUCAUCAUCUUGUAUUUCAUGUUCGACGUAUACUGUUCAAAUGAACUCAUUGGCUCUCCUGGCAAAAUGUACGAUCUCCUCGUCCAUGCCUCCAAGGUUCGUCCAGUUGCAGGCAACACGGAAGGCUCCUACCUGACGCAAAAAUCGAACUUCGGCUUGAUUUUUGGUGUUAUUCAAUUAUGCUCUGGCAUGGGUACUGUCUUUCUGGAUCAGGGUUACUGGCAACGAGCCAUCGCCAGUCGUCCCACAACAGCAGUCCGAGGAUAUAUCAUGGGAGGCAUGGCAUGGUAUGCCAUUCCCUUUGGAUUUGCCACCACUCUCGGUCUAGCUGCAGUCGCUCUUACGGAUAACCCGGCAUAUCCCACCUACCCAAACAACAUGACCUCGUCGCAAGUUUCCGCAGGACUCGCAGCUCCUUUUGGUGCGGCGGCUUUACUCGGAAAACAUGGUGCUAUUGCCCUGCUUCUCACACUGUUCAUGGCAGUGACGUCCUCAUCAUCUUCCGAGCUUAUCGCCGUGUCGUCGAUCCUCACCUUCGAUGUCUACAAAGUCUACGUCAAACCAAGCGCCACGCCUGAGAAUCUGAUCUUCAUCUCACAUGUCAUGAUUUGCGUCUUUGGCUUGGUCAUGGCCGCAUUUGCGUGUAUCUGGAACGCUAUUGGUAUUGACCUUGGGUGGCUUUUCUUGGUCAUGGGCCUCCUUAUCGGCGGUGCUGUUUUCCCUGCUGCCUUUGCUGUUACCUGGAAAGGGCAGACUCGAGCUGGUGCCCUGACCGGAGCACUGGGCGGUCUGGCAGCAGGUGUUAUAGCCUGGCUGGUCGAGGCUCACGUAUAUUACGGAGAGCUCACCGUUGCCUCCACUGGUGGAUCGUACCCUACCUUAGCAGGUAACAUGGCAGCUGUCCUCACUGGACUCAUUCUUACCCUCGUUGUCUCAUGGAUCAAACCUGACGACUUUGACUGGUCCAUCACCAGAAACAUCAACGCUGCGCAUUCGCUGUACGGCAAUGCGGUCCCAGGAGGAGCUGGCGGUGUGGUGGCUGCUGGUGAGACACAAGGCGAACAAGAAGACCACAAAGCUGCCAACCCUCACUCGGAAUUGCCAACUGUGAUCGACGAGGAGAAGGAAGAAGCUGAAGACAAGGCCUUCCUUGACGAUCCUAAGUCGCUGAACCGCACAUACAUGAUGGCCCUGAUUGUUGCAACCGUCUUGUCCUUGGCCAUGGAUGUCGUCAUUCCGGUACCCAUGUUCCUCAGCCACUACAUCUACUCGAAGACCUUCUUCACAUUCUACAUUGCCGUCAGCUUCAUAUGGGUCUUUGCAGCAUUGUUCAUGUGCGGUAUCCUUCCCAUCUGGGAAACACGACACUUCUGGGUUGAACUCUUCGGCGAGUUGACCGGCAAGAAGAAGGUGGUUGAGGGCCGUCCUAAAGAUGGAAACAAUUCAUCCCUGCCCUCGGGAACUCAAUCGCCAAACAGGGAAGAGCUUAAAGCAUAG